AAUUUUGAAACUUAACAUGAUUGACCCUGUAACUGGGAAAAUUCUGAAAAAUCUGUACAGUCAGAAAAAGGACCUUGGAAACGCUUGGGUUAAGCAAUCUGUGAAAAUAGGAGCUCAUGAACGUGGAUUCAGUUUACAAUUUCAAGCACUCCCACAGACUCAGUCAGGAACAUUAACAAUAACCACAGAUAUAGCUGUUGAUGACCUGAAAUUAAUAAACUGUGACCCUGCACCAAUCAGAAUUCAUACUACACCAACGACAACACCAGGAAAACAUUCAAAAACAACACCAGGAAAACAUUCAAAAACAACACCAGGAAAACAUAUAACAACAAAACCAGGGAAAACUCCUACAGGCAGCUCUUCAGUUUCUACAACACAUAAAUCAAUACCAGGAAAGCAUACAACUCAUAAAACAGGCAGCUCUUCAGGCCACAUUUCUACAACUUCUGCUAGUACAAUGACCCCCAUCAAAUGUAAUCCUGAUGAAUUCAGCUGUCGAACCAAAAGCGGUUUGGAAUGCUUCCCUACAGCAUACCAUUGUGACGGAAGGAAGGAUUGUCUGAAUGGAGAAGAUGAAAAGUCUUGCAAGGUAUGCCCGAAAGAUUACACAUAUUGUAAACCUCAGCACAAAUGUAUCAACAUGACUCGUUGCAACGGAAUCAGUGAGUGUGAGGAUAACUCAGACGAGUCUCUCUGUCAGACUUGCCGACCUGACAUGUGUCAAAAAGGAGGGACAUGCCAGUUGAGAAAUGGUAUACCAGAGUGCAGUUGUGGAAACUUCACUGUGCAGACCAACUUUAGAUGUCUCAUACCGAAAUUUGAAAAAUUUACAUCACAUCCUUCACACAAGAAAACCUGGGCAAUCCCUGUGGGUAUCAUCUUAGCAUUGAUCAUAGUUGGGGCAUUAGUUUUUGGAAUAUACUUUUUCUGGAAGAGAAGAACACAAAGAAAUUAUUCACCAAGUGUAUCAGCUGGUGUUGACAACCCAGUAUAUAAUUAUGAUUUCAAAAUGACGGAACUUGAAGCACCAUCAUUCUCAAAUACCGCAGAACAUGGAGAUUCUACAGCCAUUGAGAACCCAUUAUACUCAGAUUUGAAGUAGAACAGAGGAUCAGCAUUUGUUGAAACACAGUACUAUCAAUCAAAAACAUUGUGAUCAUUAAUGAGAAACAGAAACCAUUAUUUUAUAUAUAUAUAUAUGUAUGUAUAUUUCUAAAAGCAUUGUAUAAAAUUACGUAAAAAUAAAGAUACAUUUUAAGAAAACUAA